CCAGGAAGGGACUCAACUUUCCUGGCUGGACAUUACUUGCGUAAAGGCUGCUGCAGUUAUGAGAUCCUGGGACACCUGACAAAAGCCAGCAGAAGAAAAGAUAGCUUUGCUAAGCUGUCACUUGAGAAUUCCACGAGGCUGGACCAUCUUCUUCCCAAGACGCAAUUUAACAUCAAGGAUGAAAAGGAUUCCCAGGACUUGAUCUUAGAAAAAAACAAAGAAGCAGAGUCUUUAAGAAAUUCCAGUGUGGUGUCAGGAGCAAGAAAAGUCCCAGGGGCAAUGGAGCGAUUUAAUAAACUGGAUAUGUCAGCUAUGCUUAAGAUGGAGGCAGCUUUGGACAGAGAGCGAAUUUCCAGAAAGAUCCUCCCAGAGGCAACUCCUGUCACUCUAAACUGUAAAAUGAAAGCCAGAGAGAAGUACCAGUCUGACCUGUGGCUAGAAAUUGAACACCUGAAUAAGGGUUUAGGGCAACAAGGCCCAAGUGCAUCUUCGUUGGCACUUUACAAUACAACUACCAAUGCCCUGGCACAGUGUGAAGCUGAUCCAGUUGCGAGCGUAUUUGAGCAGAAUCUGAGGAUCAAGUUUUACGUCAGUUCCGGGUCCACAUCCCCGUCGUCACACAGUGGAGACGAAGUGGACCCAGUUAAGAUCACAGAUUCUGCUCAUCUUCCAGUUCACACACCAACAAUAAGGAGAAAAGAAUGUCAUAGUGGAAUCCUCUUUCCAACUAAGAAUAAGACCCACCGGUUUUUCCUUACAUCCUUUACUGCCCCCACCAAGUGUCACCAGUGCACGUCUCUGAUGGUGGGUUUGAUAAGACAAGGCUGCACCUGUGACGCCUGUGGGUUCUCAUGUCAUACAACUUGUGUAGAAAAAGCUCCCAGAGCUUGUCCAGUGCCUUUUCAUCAGAAGAAAGUUGCUUUCUGCCUAGACCCACAGAAAGGCAUGGGAACGGCCUAUGAAGGCCAUGUCUGGAUCCCCAAGAAAGCAGGAAUGAAAAAAGGAUGGCAGAGGGCGUUGGCUGUAGUUUGCGACUUCAAACUCUUUCUGUAUGAUGUGGACGAAGAAAAAGACUCAAAGCCCAGUGUUGUAGUGAGUCAAGUGAUUGACUUGAGGGAUGGAGCGUUUUCCGUCAGUUCAGUCUGGCCCUCUGAUUUCAUUCCCUUAAGGAGAAAGGAAAUGCCUCGUAUGUUUAAAGUCACAGCUUCCCAGCUCUCGGCACCUAGUAAUAGAUAUUCAAUCCCAAUCUUAGCAGAUAGCGAGAAUGAGAAGAGUGCGUGGGUGGGAGUGCUGAGCAAACUGCACAAGAUAUUGAGAAAAAGUCAUCGCAGAGACCGCACAGUCUAUGUUCUGAAAGAGGCUUGUGACAGCAACCUGUCCCUGAUCAAAACCACCCAGACAGCUGCAAUCGUAGACCACAAAAGAAUUGCUCUGGGAAAUGAAGAAGGGUUAUUUGUUGUCCACGUCACCAUAGACGAAAUUAUUCGAGUUGGUGACAUGAAGAACAUUCACCAGAUUGAGCUCAUCCCCCAGGGUCGGAUGGUUGCAGUGAUCUCGGGACGAAGUCAUCAGGUCCAGUUAUUUCCCAUGUCAGCUUUGGAUGGCCAGAAGACUGAUGCCCACAAGCUGGAAGAAACCAAAGGGUGCCAGACCAUGACCUCUGGAACAGUGUGCCAAGGGGCCCACACCUGCCUCUGUGUUGCUUGGAAAAGCCAGGUCUUCUGUUAUGAGCUAUUUAGGAGCAAGAAAAUUUCUCACAGGAAAUUCAAAGAGCUGCGAACCCCAACCACCAUCCAGUGGAUGGCCAUCUUGAGUGAACAGCUCUGCGUGGGAUUCCGGUCAGGAUUCCUGAGAUACCCCUUGAAGAGAGAAGGGAUUCCGUACAGGAUGUUGCACUCCCGUGACCCUACACUGUCUUUUAUCGCACAUCAACCAGUGGAUGCUCUCUGUGCCGUUGAGAUCUCUAGUAUCGAGUACCUGUUGUGUUUUAAGAGCAUCGGAAUUUACACUGACAGCAGGGGCCUCAGAUCGAGGCCAGUGGAACUGAUGUGGCCAGCAACUCCAACUUACUGCCGUUACAGUGCCCCGUACCUCUCCGUGUACAGUGACAACGCAGUGGACGUCUUUGAUGUGAACUCCAUGGAGUGGCUCCAGACCAUCCCCCUCAAGAAGGUUCGACCCUUGAAUAGUGAAGGAUCCCUCAAUAUUUUACUUUUGGAGACAAUUAGAUUAAUAUAUUUCAAAAAUAAGAAGACAAGUAAGCAAUGACUUCUUAGUAGAACUAUUUGUAAGAGACCACGUGUUUAACCUUCUGCCCAAGGUCGCAGAGCUAGUGAGUGGGGGGAUCUGAGCUGACCUCUGUGCCCUUUGCCCAGUCCCCAGAUGCACUCGUGGCAAGAAUUGGUUCUCCUUCACACUUGCAGAGCUGUGUAGACAGAAGCAUUUACUUGGGGCACACUCCAGCUACUUUUAAGCAGGACUAAUGGUUAAAUGUAAGCACCUGUAAAUAUGUAAUCAGCCAUUUUAAUGCUCAUUCGCUUCCCAGCUGUCUAUGCGUCCAGAUGUGCUCCAAGCUACAGUGCACAUGCCAGAAGCAGGCACCGCCCACCUGCUCCAGCUUCUCCCACCUUCAUUUAAAUCUCUGGCAGAUUUGGCUCAGUGGAAACAAACUCG